AUGCUAGAUGCGCAAGGCGCCGAAAUAAUAACAGCGUCUGUCACUUCUGCUCUCAGCCAUGCCGUUGCGAACAUGUUCACAAACUGCGACGGCCGCUAUGCGCCUCCUCAUAUUUCCCAAGAUUUCAUAUCCAACGGCCCUGUCAAUAAUGAUAUGGCAGCCGGAAACUACAAAAGCAUCUUUUCAGUCUUUGAAGAAGAUGGUGGUGGCAUGUCUGCUGCUGGAUCUGAGAUGGACAGACUGGGUUUCUUCUCGCCUUCAACGACGUCUGAGGGGUACCAGCAACCUUUUCGCGAUAUUGCUUCGCUUUUGAUGCCUAUCGAAGAUACGACGGUGUUUACUCCCAUUUCUGAAUCGAUGGGUAUUCCGGAUACCUCAUCGCGCAGCUGCUGUAGCAGCACUGGCAGGUCAAAGACUUCACCAGCCCGUUUCUCCUCCACCGGUCCCUCCACGGCCUCCCUCGCAGACAUGUCAACAGGAAGAACGAGUCCUACAGAGAUUCCAGAGACUUCGGUCUGUCAAUGUUUGGAUCAGGUUCUCCAGCUCUUGAGGAGAGUAUCGGGAUCAUCACGGCUGUCAUUAUCAUCAUCAUCUGUUUAUCCACACUAUUCAAGUCAAUCUUCACAGGUGGUAUCACGAAUGUCUUCAAUAACCCUAGAUGAUGACGAAUCAUCGAACGACUUUUGCGAGACUGAGCCUCAGCCUCAAUGGCUUCAGGCAAUAUUGUCGGAAAAUAGACAGUAUCUGGGAGCCACGGACAAUAUUCUGGCAUGCUCUAACACUGAUGAGGACAGCAUGUUACCGGGGAUUCUCUGCAUGAUUCUCCUUAAGAUCUUGGACAGAUACUCGAACAUGGUAUGGAGUCGACCGCUGCUGCCUCAUAGUCCUAACCAUAGGGUUGCGGAACUCGGAUCAAAUAUGAGCGGCUAUUUAAUAGUAGAAACUGGUCUGGUGGCAUCGACUAUACAUCGACAGACGUUCGUGCCAAACGAACAAGGGCAGAUGCAACCGAUACACCUUGACUGUGGCACAUCUCGGCUCAGUGAUGACGAGUAUUUUGGACGCGCCACCGCCCAUCUUGUCCUUGGAGAGUUACAAUGGGUGCAGAGAGUGGUGAACAAACUGGUGGCUAAGCUUAAAUGUAGCGACUGCUAUAAUGCAAGCCGUCCAACACAACAGAGCAACGGAUGGGAAAGCAGGAAGCAAACGGUUCCGCUGCCGAUGGAGGAGCCUGCAGAUCCUGGACUAACAUCAUCUUUCUCAGCAGGGACUUUGGAGCACAUGGCUACUGAUAUACAAAAGAGGCUCACCACAUUGUCAUCAAGUAUCAUUAAUCAGCUACGGCAAAGCUGA